AUGGGUCUUCUUGACCAGCUGUGGGACGACACGGUGGCCGGGCCGCGCCCGGACCACGGCCUCGGCAAGCUCCGCAAGUACGCCUCCUUCUCGCCCUCCUCAACCACCGCGGCGUCCGGUGCGGCGGGCUCCGUGGCGGCGGCGCCGGCGGUGACGCGGAGCAUCACCAUCCUCCGCCCGCCGGCCCUGUCCGUGACGUCGCCGCGCAGCGAGUCCGGCUCCGCGCCGUCGUCCCCGGCCAGCGUCCCGGACUCCCCCUUCGGCGGCACAGCAACGACACCCAGGGGAGAGGGCUGGAGCAAGUUCCGCCGGAAAGGCAGGAUGGGCGCCGACGGCACGGACGUCGCCAGCAGCCCCGGCACGCCGCGAAGCCCCACGGUCUACGACUGGGUGGUGAUCAGCUCGCUCGACCGCUAACUGAACGGAAGCAGCUCCACCAAGACGGGAACUGCACACGUACACGCGCGCAACGAGAGACGCAGCCGCAAGAUCUGGAAGUUGGACGGAACACACAGGACCUCGUUCUCUUUACAGCUUUGUCCCAGUACGUAUAUAUAUAUAUAUAUGUACAUGGUCAAUUAUGUACUUCCGUUGUAAACCGCUACGCGAGAUGGCCGCUGGUUUUGUA